AUGACAAAUAUGCGAAGGCUACCGGCUAGAGGACGGGGCCGGCCAAAGAAAUUAGUCCGCCAUCGCAAAGAACAUCCAGUGCGCCUGGCAACACUUAACGUUGGGACGCUUAGUGGCAGAAGUCGUGCACUGGCAGACAGUCUCAGAAAACGCGGUGUUGACAUAUGUUGUGUACAGGAGACUCGCUGGAAAGGCUCCAAGUCAAGGCGCUUAAGCGAUGGCUACAAGCUCAUCUACCACCGCACGUCAAAUCGCAAUGGCUUUGGUGUCACAUUGAACGAGACGUUCGGAAACAGCGUCACAUCGACAAUGGACAGUGGAUCGGCAAUCGAAUCGCCUACUGUGGCUCUAAAAGUAGACACAGGAGAAGUGGAAUUGCGAGUCUUCUCUGCUUACGCGCCACAGGUGGGCUGUGGUGAAGAAGAAAAGGCGUUCUUUUGGGAAGAUCUGGAACAGCAUGUCCAAGCCUGGGAAGCGAAGAAGUACUUCUAA